GACUAUCAGUUAGUUGUGUGUCUUUCACCAUGGAUGAUGAACCCAUGCUCGCCUUGCUCACGGGCUUCUCCUUGUGGGGAGCCCUGUACCAUCUCUUCAUCCCUUUGGGAUUCUGUCGCACUAUGAGAUUGGUCGUUACCACUAAAUCUGGGCCACAUACCACCCCAUACAUUGUAGAGCAGGCGGAGAGAGCCGCCGCUAUACUGCGUGAGCAGAAGGAGAAGCAGGCGUGGCAGAAGGAGGCCAAGAAGUUGGCCCUAUUGGAGGAGCGGGUGGCAAAGAAGAGGGAGUUGAAAGAAGAGAUGGAGCGGCUGUUGAAGGAGCAAGAGGAGAAGAUAGUAGUCGUCGAGAAAGAAGAAGAGGAAGAGGAAGAAGUGUCGGAGACCGCGUUGAAAAGAAUGGCAAGGGGGGUCACAAAAGAAAGAGGGGAGUCUAGCGGCACCUCAACUGAAAAAGAAGAAGUGGGGAGAAUAACUGGGGAAUGGGCAUCCAGGCUGGAAAUAGGGGAAGAACAGGAGGCGAGAUUGCUAGUUCCCCAGGUGGAGAAGGAAGCGGUGCAGAGAGAGUUGGAAGAGGAGGAGAGUCCCUUGCACAGAAGGGCGUUGGAGUAGGAAAAGAUACUAGAGUGGAAGUUACACCUUGCGAGGGAAAAGACAAGAAGGUUGCAGUCGAUGGAGAAGGCAGAAAAGGAGGUGAGAGCUGCAGAAGAGACUCUGGGUAAGCUGCCUAAAGGGGUAGACAUUAACCAAAAGUUAGACACACUAACCCAGACCAUGACUGCCGUGCUAAAAGCUCAAUUGGAUCAGGUCAAACAUAUUAAGGGGCAUGAUCUUGCCAUUGAGUCCAUACAUCUACGCUUCAAGGACUUUGCGUGGGACAUGAUGCUACGUAUGAGCACGGAACUG